AUGAGUUACGCCACCUGCCAACAGGUCUCUCUCGAGUGCCCUGUAUCCGCAACAACAUACGGGUAUAUACCGAAUCUUGGCGGAAAUGCCUUCUUUACGGCAUAUUAUGCUCUUCUCGGUGUCGCACAAGUGGGCCUGGGCGUUUAUUACCGAACAUGGACGUUUAUGAUUGCGCUGGGCGUAGGCGCGCUCAUGGAGAUGGCGGGAUAUAUUGGCCGGGUGUUGAUGCACAGCAAUCCUUGGAAUGAGAGCGCUUUCAAGUUACAGAUUGUUUGUUUGGUCCUGGCGCCGACUUUCGUUGCUGCGGGAGUUUAUCUCACGCUCAAACAUAUCGUGCUUUAUCUGGGACCGGAACAUUCGAUUCUGAAGCCACGGCUUUUCACUUGGAUUUUCAUUAGUUGCGAUAUUGGUAGUUUGAUCCUUCAAGCCGCUGGAGGAGGAGUUGCUGCUGCCGCGGGUAAUGACAACCAGUUGCUUUUGAAGGCUGGUGAUAAUAUUAUUAUCGCUGGUAUUGCUUUCCAGGUGGCUACCAUGUCUGUGUGUGGAUUAUUCGGACUUCAUUUCUUCUGGAGCGUUGCGCGAAAAGGCAAUGGUCUAGCAGGGGAGAAGACUCUUGAUGGAAACCUAGGCACCGCUGCGCCCUCUAUUUCUCCCAACCGGAUGCGACUGAUUAUUUUUGCCGAGAUCUUUGCGUACCUCACUGUCUUGAUCCGGUGUAUCUACCGUAUUCCGGAGAUGGCCGGUGGCUGGGGAAGUCCCUUGAUGCAAAAGGAGAACGAGUUCUUGCUUUUGGAUGGAAUGAUGAUUGCCUUUGCAUCAACAAGCCUGACUCUCUUUCAUCCUGGAUUGUUCUUCCCAUCAAUGCGUACUGGCAAGAAGAAUUAA